AUGCUAGCCGUCAGAUCAGGAGGUGCUCUCUGCAGGCCUGCAGCCCGGAUGCUUCUCCAGCGUCGUCUUGCCGGCCACAAAUCGUCAUUCAAGUCCGACGACUCCUCGGUCGAUACUGACGAAAUCGUCACCAGCAACAACCCAUGGAGUCCUACGCUUUACAACGACAUUGUGUACGUGAGGAAGGGGUUCAAGAAUGUCGCUCUUCCAGACAACUACCGUCUUUCGUACGAGCCGCUUUACGAGGCUCCUGGUGCAAAGUACGUUGCCAUGCUUAAACGGUUGACUCUAGCCUUUGGAGUGGUUGGCGUCUACGGAGCCAAGCUUCUAUAUGAGCUGGUUCAGUUUGACGAUCUCUAUGCAUUGGCGGCCCUUGCCGGAACGUGGGGCCCUGUGGCUGCCGUUCAGUUCAAAACAAAAGAUUACGUAACCAGAAUUUUCAGAUUGUACGACAAGACCAAGCCUCAGACGUUGGAGAACUUGGUCAGUGACGAAAAGCUCGUGAUGGAGAAGUUGAACGCCACCGGUGGUAAGACGUAUAACCAGCUUUUGACCAUUUCCGCCAAUAAGUCCCUUAAGUUGUGUCCCAAGACAAACGACAUCAUACCCUACAGGUCAUGGCAGGAGAACUACGACGGCCACAAGCGGUACUUCUAUGUUGCCGACAACGUCGGUGGUAUGAAGAUGGACAGGCUAUGGGGCAUUGUGGAGCACAACUCGGGUGUGGACAACGGGCGUUACAUGACGCUUCCAGGACAGUAG